CCAUGGCAGGCACCGCGUUGAGAUAAGACAAGUGCGAAGGACUCUCAUCUGGAACUGCGUGAUCAGCGUUCUAAAGUGGGUCCCGAACCCACAGCAGGCCCAUUGCUACUCCCAAGCCAGUUCCUCCUUCCAGUUCCACAUAUGUCGAGUGCACGCUGCGAAGCAAUGCAAGGCACGAACCGACUGUUUUCAUACCUGAUAUAUAAUCGCUUCCUAAAUAUCCGUAUCGACACUUCCUACUGAACGAUCUUCUUUCUUAUUCUCCGAUCAUGAUGUUCGCACCUAUCGGUCUAUUCAAGGACGUACCUUGUCCGGAAGGACAAAACUGCUUGCUCUUGACCUGCAUGUUCUCUCACAAGAACCUCAGCUCCUCAUCAGAUCCUCGAGAGACCCAUCAGAGCGCCCAUGUGCCACAGGCAACGCAGAGCUAUAUAGCAACGGCUUCAGGGGAAACUGGUCCUGUUAAACCCAAAAUACAAACUACGAGUGACUAUAAAGCCAGUAUAAAUAGCAAACCGUCACAUAUGUCCCGAAAAGAACCUACUGGUCAGAGUCCAGCACCAACAGCCCCAGCUAUCAAAAAGGCUCGGCCCAACGGUCAGAGUCCUGUCAAGCUUCAGUCACUGUCCAGAGAAGUCACUCCGCCAGCAAAGGCAAGCUCGACCCAGGCAAAGUCGAGCGCAUCCACCUCACAUAAAGUCCGACCGCCACGGCAAGCACCACGAGAGAGCCUUAAUCCUCGGAUGCUGACGAAAGCACCUGCCCCUCAUGGUGUGCGCCUGUCCAUAAUCACGAAAUUACAUGCCGCUAUGUCUGCUCUUAAUGAUAAGAUGGGCAAAGACAAAGAAAGCAAGGACAAAUAUCUCGUCCUCACGCCAAAUGAGCUUGUCACAAUGGCCUUGGAUGAAGAGGAAAAGACGGCGAAGGAAAAUCCAAGCAUAUAUUCCAAUGUCAUCAAGCUACGAAUUGUGAAGCUCUCGAAGAUGAGCAAAGAUGACUGGGCCAAUGAAGUGAAAGUUCAUCUGAAUGAGCGGUAUUACAAGAUUGAGCCCGAGUCCGAGCAGUCGAAGCCAAAAGUUCUUGCCACUGGGCUCAGUACGAAGGAAGAAAUCGCUCUGACGAGCAAACUCCUCACCCCUCUGCAAGGUCUGGAGCAACACGGCUACGUGACAAAAGCCCCAUCAGACGCGGAGGUGGAAGGUGCCAGGAAAGGCGUUAUAGAAUCCAAGGGAUGGGAGAAAUGUGAUCGAUGUGGAGGGAGGUUUCAGGUCUUUCCUGGUCGGCGGGAGGAUGGGACAUUGACGACUGGAGGACAAUGCACAUAUCACCCGGGGAAAGCCCUCUACCCGCCGAAGAAGAAGACCGAUCACAUUACCGGGCAUAAAGAUUCAUACUUUUCUUGCUGCAACGAGUCAGUGGGAACUUCUGCUGGCUGCACCAAGGGGAAUACACACGUCUUCAAGGUGUCGGAGACCAAACGACUCGCAUCAGUAUUUCAGUUCCAAAAGACUCCAGCACAGCCAGACAAAGGACCGCUGCCGCCAGUUUCCUUCGACUGUGAAAUGGGGUACACAACACAAGGGCUGGAGCUGAUUCGGCUAACCGCUGUUAGCUGGCCCAAAGGUGAACCACUCUUGGAUAUUCUUGUCAGACCCAUAGGUGAAGUUUUGGAUCUGAAUUCCCGUUUUUCUGGCGUCUUUCCAGAACACUACACGAAAGCCGUCCCCUACGGCAGCUCUGUCCCCCAGACGAGCGCAGCGGUUCUGGAAGAUGGGGAGGUAGAGAUGCCUCCCUUGCAGGUGGUUGAAUCGCCUGCCGCAGCCCGAGAAUUGCUGUUCGGAUAUCUACAACCAGAGACACCGUUGAUUGGGCAUGCAAUUGAUAACGACCUCAAUGCCUGUCGCAUCAUCCAUCCGACAAUUAUUGAUACGGUUCUUCUCUACCCGCAUCCACGGGGCUUACCCCUCCGCAUGAGCUUGAAGGUUCUAUGCAAAAGACACUUGGAUCGAGACAUCCAAACAGGAGGCAGCCGUGGUCACGAUUCCAAAGAAGACGCGAUCGCUACGGGUGAUUUGGUGAGGGUCAAGGCAACAGAGACUUGGAAGAUCCUUAAGUCUAAAGGAUGGUGCAUCCACAACAAUCAGCUCGUGCCACCACCAGGUACAUCAGACGCCGACGCUGCAGCUGCACAUGGAAAGCUUGGAUUGGGGGCAGGCCAGAAGCGGACAAGCGCGACAUUGGGGGAUUGAUGCAUGACCAUUAAGUAGGAUAUGUUAUAUAGUUCAGUGAUACCCACGGUACAGACACCGAAAAUUGUACAAUGUUACUACGCAUUCUACAAGGAGAU